AUGGUACAGUCAACACCAAUACGAGGUUUCGCUAAUACACCUGUUACUAAAUCUAUAUGUAUUAUAUCAACAAUUACACCUUUGUUAUUAUCAAUCUUAUCAAUUAAAUAUCUUGUGCAACUAAUAAUAGAUCCAUUUAUAAUAGAGUAUCAUCAAUUUUGGAGAGUCAUUACAUAUCAAUUUGCAGUAAUUAAUGAGUCAGAUUAUUUAUUAAUUAUACUACUAUGGUUUCAAUUUAAAGUAUUGGAAAGAUUUUAUGGUUCAAGAAAAUAUUUAUCGAUUGUAACAUUAUUUGCUAUUUACAAUUCGAUUACUUCAUUAAUUAUAAUGAGUGUAGGACAAUUACUUGUGUAUUAUUUAUCAUUUGUUAUUAAAGUUUGGUUAUUCAAAUAUGAUCCAACAACUGUACAUUAUCAAACUACAAUCUUGAAUGAAAUUAUCCCAGGGCCAAUUGGUAUUUUAUCAUCUUUAUACAUUUGUUUUGGCCAAAAUAUUCCAAUUUCAUAUUAUUUUCAAAUACUAUUGAAAAAACCAACAAAUGAUGAGUCAAGUAAGGUUUUAAACCUUACAAAUCGAUUCCCAAUACAUAUAAUGUACACAUUAUUAUUGUUAAAUAAUGGGUUUAAAUCAAUAAUCCCUAGUUUAAUUGGGUUAUUCAUUGGUAAAUUAUAUUGUUAUGAUUUAUUACCAGGUGUCUCAUGGUUAUUAUCAAGUACAAUUUAUCAUUUAUUCAUAAAUCCAAUAAAGAAAUUUACAAAUUGGUAUGUUUUCAUACGACAAAAAUUUUCAAAUCAAACACUUCCGGAAUCAAGAGCAAGUGAAGAACCUGAAGAUGAUUUAGAUGAAUCAAGACAAGAAGAAAACAGAAUACGUGCAGAAACUCCAGUUAGACCAUUAGGUAGUCAAUUUCUUGAUACAUUUAGAACAUAA